UUAACAUAAACAUCUACCACAGUGACUCCUCCACAUUCCUCACUGUGAUGGAAGGCGGAAAAAAAUCUCUUCCCUUCAUUGAGCCUUCCGUUGAUGGGACGAUCUUGACUCCCAUAUCCGGCGGCGGGCCUCCUCGACUGGGCAAUCAAACUCCUGCUUUGGGGGAUCUCAAUUCCCCGUGCCGGGCGAUCGGACCCUGGGUCGGGGCUGAUCGAAACCUUCUGCGACUUUGGAGCUCCCGACUCGGUCUCUACCUGAGAUCGCAAGCUCCUCGAUGUUGAAAUCCGCAGGCCACGGUUGGAGCAUCGAAUCCAGGCAAGGAAUCGGCUCCGAUGUAAGUCCACACCCCACGGUGCGGCUCAAAGUCAGUCCCGAGCAAGGCCUCUAGCUCCAUGAUGUUAGGCCGCAGAGCGACCGGAGAUACGACCCGGAAAACAAUCACAUCUACGGCAAUUUAAGAGGUUGCAAAAAAGUUUCCCCCUCCAUAAAACAAACCAGAGAACAUUAACCCAAACUUUUAAAACACACUGAAAAUGACGAAAAAAAGACGAAAGGACAUAUAUACUGUUGGCAAGGCUGCCAUCGCGGAGCCAUUCAGUAGUAAAUAGGAUUAUGAUUAUGAUUGUGGCAAUCAAUUUGAUAGAAGUGGAAGCAGCGGUGGAUGCCCUGAUAUUGAGCUUUGGAAUAUCAAUAUGUGGCUCUAUAACAUGAUGGAUGCAAGUCUGAUCUCGUUGAAUGACUGACCUGUCAAUCUUUGUUGCUUGGACCAAAGAUAUCUGGUAGAAUAGAUGCAUUUCUUUGGGAAGGAUAAAGAUUAAAUCUCAUGUGGUAUUUUCAAAAAGCUGCUCUUCGUUUGAGUCUUGGAAUAUAAAAGUUAUAUCAUUUGUUUGUGAAGUGAUUUGAAUUUGUGACAAUAUCCUCAUGUAUUCAGCAAAUUCUGGAUUAUAUUAAGUCUUGGUACUUAAUCAAAGUUUUUCAGUGUGGGAAAAAUUCUUGAAAAUAAUUGGUCAAAACAGCUGGUUUUAAUUCAGUUGAUGGGAUGAGGUUGGAUGGGGUGAGACACACACUGUCUAAGCUGUAGAUCUAUGGCUCAUUGACGCUGCUGACCCAGUUACUCCCAGAAUGGAGAGUGGGAUAUAACUGGAGAAGAGCUAACUUGUAGAGGAGGUUUUGAGAGAAUUGUAUUAUUGAAGGUGGUUCAGAUAUAGGAGGUGACCUACAAACCCGCACAUCUUUGGGAAGUGGGAGGACAGCAGAACACCCGAGGUCAGGAUCGAACAUAGGUCUCUGGCGCUGUGAGGCAGCAGCUCUAACAGCUAUGCUACUGCACCACCCUUGAUAUCAAUGCUGGGAUUUAUUUGUGUGAAUGAGCCAAAGGUCAAUUGUGGGAAAGUAAUAUGUGGCAAUUCAGGGAAGUUGAGAAUAUGUCACUGAAAACACAACUGUGUAGAUAAGAAAUAAAGCUUGGAAAAUGAGUUGGAUAUGAGGAAGAGUUCAUUUCAACUCGUAUCAAGCAAACCUCAAGGUGCAGUGUUGGUAGCUCUCAUUUCUCAAUACUGCUGCAGAACUUGCAAGAUUUGUUCAUAAAUUUGGUUUAUAUCCCUCUGAAAAUUACUGGGACUCAAAGGACUUUGGAAUGUAUUCCAGGUCACUACAGGUUGAAACUCGCUCCCCUGAAUCUGUAUGUCUGGACCAAACAGCACUGAAAUUGUCUUUUAAAACCAAAAGGAAUGCUGCAGUCUUUCUUCUAACUGGUUCUUGCUGAAAUGGGAAAGCCUGCAUUAUGUGACUACAAGUCCCAUGUGGCUUUGCAUUAAUGGGAUACCCCAUUCUUAUCACUGGACACUGCAAACUCUUCCAAAGGGCAAAGUUUGAUGUCAUCAGAAGCUGGUAAGUGCGGGGUUAGGAGCUAUUUUGAAAACAGCUUAUGUGGAAUACAGAGUGUAUACAUGUAAAAUAAUCACAUUUAUAGCUUUUACAUUUAGUAUUGUCAAUAUCUUGUUAUAUACUCCUGUCAACAGUAGGCAUGGCAUUGUACAGUUUGAUAGCAGCGCUUAGUUUCAAUUGUAAGAAUGAAUGAAAGGUCAGUUGUGUAAAGUGGUAGAUUCUAAUUCAGGGAAGUUGAGAAUUAGUCAUUUAAUAUACAACCAUAUAGAUAGGAACAAUACUUGGAAAUGGGUUGGAUAAGAGGCAGGGUUAAUGCAUUGCAGGUUUUUUAUAAAUAAACAUGCUGAAUUACUUGCAAUCAUUUUUCAAUAUUACCACUAAAAUUGCAUGAUUUGUGCAUGACUUUCCUUUCUUUCUUUAGGCCAUGACCACUGCUGCUGCAAAGAGAAUAUUAGUCUGUUUUCAUAAUGAUGAUGGAUUAAAUGGGUCCACACAUUUUGAACAUCUGGUGUUCAUAGAGCCCUACAACAUGGAAAUAGGCCCUUUGGCCCAACCUGUCCAUGCUGACCAAGUUGGCAUGUUGGGCUUGUCUCAUUUGCCUGCAUUUGCCCCAUAGCCCUCUAAACCCUUCCGAUCCACAUAUCAUUCCCAAUGUAUUUGAAUGUUGUAAAUGUAUCUGCCUCCAUAGCUUCCUUAGGCAGCUCAUCCCAGAUAUGGACUACCAGCAAAUUAAAGAAAGAUGUGUACUUCUUUAGAUUUUCUCACAACCUCAUCUAAGAACACCACAAACGCUUAAUAAACAAUUAAAUGUUUUAGAAAUUGGUUGCAGGGUAGGAAGAAGGGUGACCAAUCUGUGCAGAGCAAAGUCCCACACAAAGAAAACCAUGAAGUUACAGAUGUUUUAAUGACAGUAUUUUUUUAGUUAUUUUUAGUUUUUAGAGAUACAGUAUUGAAAGGCUCUUCGGCCCAUCGAGCCUAUGCUGACCUGUGAUCCAAUGAUCACCUGUACGCUACUUCUAUUCUACACAUAGCAAAAUAUUUUUUACAAUGCCAAUUAUUGAACCCGGGUCUCUGCCGUUAUGAGACUAACUCUACUGCUGCAGCACCAAGAUUCAGCUUUAUAUAUUGGCCAGGAAAAAGUGAUAUUUUCCUGCCUCCUGGAUCAACCAUAUUGCAUGGGAAAAGUGAUCCAUACCUGGUCAUUUUUCCAAGUUGAUUGGAGUCUUUGCUCAUUUACAUAAAUUACGAGGAAUUUGGUGCAUUUAGAGCAAAUUUUGUGCCACUUGAUAUCCAAGGACUCAUUGUCCAAAAGCCACACAUUGACACUCCAGAUUUGUGUGUCGUGAAGAUAAGGGACGUGUUUGUCAGCUGCCUCCAGGACAACGACAUCAGUUGCUUUCCAUUGACCAGUAAAUGGAAAUUGGGCGGCACAAUGGCGCAGGGGUAGGGUUGCUGCCUUUCAGCGUCAGAGACCUGAGUUAGAUCCUGACUCUGGCUGCUGUCUGUACACUAAACUGAGCUGAGAAUGGAAAAACCAAUAACGAUGACAUAGAUCGUAAUGACAAGGGUGCCAGGGUAGGGAUCACCAAGAUCCGGAGAAGGUGCAGAGAGUUUCAUCAGAAUGCUGUCUGGAUCGGAGGGUAUUAGGAUUGGAUUGGAAGGAAAGCUUGGACGAACUUGAAUUGUUUUCUCCAGAGUGUCACGUCAGAGGCUGAGGUUAGACCUGAUGGAAAUAUAUGAAAAGUAAGAGACGUAGACAGAAUAUUUUUCCCAUGAUGGAAAUGUAAAAGAAUAGAGAGUAUAGCCUUAAGGUGAGAGGGUUAAAAGUUUAAAAGAUAAGCUCAGGGCAAGUUUUUUACUAAGAAAGUUGUGGGUGCCUGAAACUUGCUGCCAGGGGUGGUAGUUAAGGCCGACAUGACAUUAAACACAAAGUGCUGGAGUCACUCAUCUAUCUUUGGUAUUGCUACUCGAGCACUUUGUGUCUAUCUUCGGUAUAAACCGGCAUCUGAAGUUCCUUUCUACACAGCUAUGACAGUGGUAUUUAAGAGGUUUUUAGAUAGCCUCAUUUAUUCAGGAUAUGGAGAGAUAUGGAUCACGUGCAGGCAGAGGAGAUUAGUUUAACUUUGCAUCAUGUUGGGCAUGGACACUGUGGUCCAAAGGGCUGUUGCUGCACUGUACUGUACUCUGUUCAAUGUUCUAUCGUAGUGGAGAGCAUGCUGGAUGGUGCGUAAGGUGAGCAUUGCCACAUUACCACAUCCACGAGCUGAAUCCACCAUUAAGAUCCACACUGGGAUCACUCAUAGCCACCAUGAUCAUGGCUUACAAAAAUUGCAUGGCUGGUUGGAAUGUCCGCAAAGGUUUCAGAAGAAAGUUUCAACGGCAAGUGCUUGGUCACAGGGCUUAAGCAAUGUGGCUACCUGGUCAUUGGGUGGAUAAUUAAUGGUCCUAUCAACCAUGCUGUCAUAAAAAAGGGUGCCAACACAAAACUUCACCUGUACAUGUCCUCCAGAGAUGUGGCCUGACCCGCUGAGUUACUACAGCAAUUCAUGUUUUUUUUUUUUUGGUAAACCAGCAUCUGCAGUUCCUCGUGCCUCUAUGCUGCCACAUCUGGUCUCUUGCCACCACACCUCCUCUCCUAGGGGUGCUGUGUGGAGCUGUGGUUUCAUGGAAAACUUAAGUAACACACUCAGAUUUUCCUUUUCCCCCCCUUUGUGGCCCCUGUACCAUGCUGGCCCUGCUAGCAACACUGAGGCUGCAACUCAUUCAGCACAUGAACGAACCUGCAUCCGAUAACUUUAUUGUUAAUACUCUAUUGCAUAUCAGCGGGCAACAAUGCAAGUACAGCUUACUUCUUCAUUUACCAGAUGUUUCUGUUUUAGUAUUAUCACCUUAUAUUUAAAUUAAUAAUUUUUUCCCUCAGCAUUCUGAAUAAGGGUAAUAGAAAGAUCAUCGUUAAUCCAUUUACAGUAAUAUCCUACUGGUAAAAUUAAGCUUAAGACCAGUGCUUAUUGCCCACCGCAGUGUGUUUACAUAACUGUAACUCUUCAGACUGAGCACAACGAUGAAAAUGUAGGCUUUCCACAAGCAAAAGUUUGGAUAGACUGAAUUUUUCCAUGAACAUGCACAACAUCUAGUGAGCAACACAAUUGUAGUUUAGAACAGUCCUUAACAGAAUUAAAAGUCGAUUGUCCAAACGCAGUUUUUAUGACGUGUGCAUUAAUUGCCUCUUCUGAAGUUUUUAAGAGGAUGGCUUUUUUUCCCCCACAGAAAUGAAAAAGUGGGCGGGUGAUCAUUAAUCACAACUAUGCAAAUACAGACAAAAUAUCCUGUUCAAUCAGUCAGCAGCUUUAACUCGUUCCGCCUGCUCCUUGCUGCACACAGGCAGAUACUGCUCGUUCAUAGAAAAGGAUGGGAUAUAAUAAAAGUCUCUUGACUGAGAGGAUGAUCUGAUGGGAAGAUUCCCUUUAAUCGGCCAUUUAACCGUAUGUGGCUGAUGCAGUGAAAUCUGGGAAAAACGAAGACCUUUGACGUUUAAUAGUUUGUACACCACUUGACUGGGCGUAUUGGAAGACUUUAGAUUGAUGUACAAUGCAGCGCUGCUCCUGGACCCUGCACACUUGAGAACGACUUCUACUGAAGAACCUGGAAUGGAAUCAGCGGACAGUGCAAGGCAUCUGAAAUUACCCACAUCUGCGCUGGCCAUGUGUUGGGAGUCUUUGGCACAUACCUCACGAGAAGAAUGUUUCCUUGGGUGCCAGCAGCUUCAUAUAAACAAAACUGAGAUCAUUCAUCCUGAGAGAGAUGACGACAAGAGUUCAGAGAACACCACUUCAUCUCCACUGUGCUGUGUGGAGAACCCAUUGGGAUUGUGCAGGGGGCCUGAACAGUCCAAUCUGAAUACUGAACGGAAUGGGAGUCAGCAACAUGGAAUUUCACCGUUGCCUGCGGACUGGAAAUUGAGAAGUGACGCUGAGGAACCAGAUUCUGCCUUGAUUCACAGGGUGCCUUCCAUUUCCUCUGCAGUUCUGCACAAGAACACAUGUGUUACUGAAGGCCCACCAAUUGAGCUAAAAGUCAAGAAUCUUGGAUCAAGUGUCAUUGCGUUUUCUGACUAUGGGUCCCCAACUGAAUCUACACCCUGUAAAACUGCUGAGCUCUACAUUUCUGAGGUAUCAGAUGGGUUUUGUGGACCUGCUUCAUCUGAAGAGAUGCCACACAAUGCGGGAUAUUUUAUGAGAGCAAGAAAGCAAGGUGUCAGUGGAGAGCAGAGAAACACUGUGAGUGCACCUCUCUGCCAGCUUAGGAAACACAUGGAGGGAGUGAACAUCCAUGAGGAAGACAACCCAGCUGAGGAUAAGGAAAUAAGAGAAGAGAAUUCAGUGGAAGCAUUGCUAAUGGCUACAACACUCAGCAUCCGCCUCCGCAAUGAAUAUGCCAUUCCACAUGAAGAUGUCUUCCAUUGGAGAGACUCCAUGACUUUACUGAUGAGGAAGCUUGAUAGGCUGAACCUGGACAUCGAGGAUGCACUCAGUGCUACCCCCUCCCCUGCCAGCACACCCGCCAUCAAACGACGUCGCCGCCAACACCUAGCACUGCCACUGAAGCUGAGCCAGGAGACAGCCGAAAUAGAUGCCAAGGAAGCCUGUGAGUGGCUGCGAGCUGCAGGAUUCCCUCAGUAUGCACAACUGUAUGAAGAUUCCCAAUUCCCAAUUGACAUUGUUUCCGUGAAGAAAGAUCAUGAUUUUCUUGACAAAGAUUUCAUAGAACCACUUUGUAGGCGACUGAACACAUUGAACAAGUGCACGUCUAUGAAAAUAGAUAUCAGCCUUCCCAAGAAAAAAAGUGAAGACUCGGAUGAAGAAGAGCUGUGUGCGAUUAGUGACAAGUGGACUUUUCAAAGAAGCAGCAAGAGAUGGUCGAGGCUGGAUGACAUUGACGUGUUGUUUCCAAGACAGGAUGGCCACGUGUCCGUGGGGGGCAUGAAACUCAAGAAUACAACCAGCAGCGAGAGCGUGUUAACGGACCUCAGCGAACCCGAGGUCUCCUCCAUUCACAGUGAAAGCAGCGGGGGAAGUGACAACCACAGUCUCGCCAGUAGAGCCGUGGAAACGAACUGUGUGGCCACGGAGCACCCGGACUAUUCCCUGCGGAACUGCCCUGAACCCGUCGCGAUGCCGGAUGCCAUCUCGCUCCACAGUGCGUUCCCACAGACUGCGAAAGACUGCAGCUUUGGUGCCAAAGCAGAAAAGAAUGCAAGAAUGAAAGCCAGGAACCUGCUAAAACGCAUGGAAACGUUAAGACCCAGAGCCUCUCACAAGUUAAAGGGCUCCAUGCGUUUGGGACCUUUGGUCAUUAGUUCUCCCGUGCUACAGCAGGAGCCGGAGUCGUUGAAGACCAUGCGCUGCGUGGACAUAGUCAAUGGACAUCUUCACAGUAUGGCGAGGGAUUCUACCAAGAGUGGCUUCUCAUCAUCCACUCAGUCGAGUAGCGACAGCCACUCGGAAAACAGCGGGAGCACGGUGAGCACGCCGUGCUUGCAGUCAAGGAAGAGGCGCUUGAACAGCAAGCGGAGCGGCAUGUAUCUUGAAGACAUGGACAUCUUAUCGGGGGCGACCACGAGACAAGUGGCCGACCACAACCGCCGGAAUGAAUUCUCCUCCCAGGAGCACCUCGUCGUUCAUAUCCCCAAGGAUCACAAACCAGGCACCUUUCCCAAAGCUCUGUCCAUAGAAAGUCUAUCCCCCUCCGACAAGUGCAGCGAUGUCAACUGGCGGACUGGGAGCAUCUCGCUGAGCAAGCAGAAGUGUGGCAUGGGCAAGCCCAAGAGCUGCUACCCCGGGGCAAGCAGGAUCAGUAUCUACGACAACGUGCCAGGCUCCCACUUGUAUGCCAGCACCGGUGACCUCAUGGACCUGGAGAAGGAAGAUCUUUUCCCCCACUUGGACGACAUAUUGCAGCACGUCAACGGGUUGCAGCAAAUCGUGGACCAUUGGUCACGGAACAUCUUGCCCGAGAUACAGGAUGACCAGCUCUCGGUCUGCGAGCAACCCUACAGCUCCUCCAAUCACCUGAUGCUCGACUUCGAAAGACACUCCAUGUCCGACGGUCAGAUCACGCCCAGCGACCUGGAUCGCGACGGGCAGUCGCUCAACGAGGCGGAGGCAGUGGGGAUGCGGGAACGCCGGGAUUCCGGAGUAGGGGCGUCAUUAACCAGGCCCAGCAGGCGUCAGAGGUUACGAUGGCACAGUUUCCAGAUCUCACAUCGGCUCAGCUUCACUCUAGCCUCGUUGCAGAUCAGCAGCCACACUGCCGCCCAGCUCAAUUUGCUGCAGAAGUUCUCCCUCCUGCGACUCACAGCGAUAAUGGAGACUUAUUCCAUGUCCAACAAACAUGGCUGGACCUGGUCUGUGCCAAAGUUCAUGAAGAGGAUGAAGGUGCCCGACUACAAAGACAAGAAUGUGUUUGGUGUGCCUUUGAUAGUUCAUGUACAGAGGACAGGACAGCCUCUCCCACAGAGCAUUCAACAAGCCAUGCGUUAUCUCAGGAGUCAAUGCCUGGAUCAGGUGGGUCUCUUCAGGAAAUCUGGAGCCAAAUCCCGAAUUCAGGCACUUCGGCAGAUGAACGAGGCUUCACCGGAUAAUGUCAACUAUGAAGAUCAGUGCCCGUAUGAUGUGGCUGACAUGCUGAAGCAGUUCUUCCGCGAUCUUCCCGAUCCUCUGCUGACCAGCAAACUCGGGGAAACCUUUCUUCACAUUUAUCAGUAUGUCCCCAGGGAGCAGCGGCUCCAGGCGGUGCAGGCUGCCAGCAUGCUGAUGGCCGAUGAAAACCGUGAGGUCCUGCAGACACUUCUCUGUUUCCUCAGCGACGUUACGUCCGUAACUGAAAACCAAAUGACUGCCAUGAACCUUGCCGUCUGCCUUGCUCCUUCCCUCUUCCACCUCAACUUGCUAAAGAAAGGAUGCGCCUCGCCAAGGGUAAUGCAGCGCAAGUAUGCAACAGGGAAACCUGAUCAGAAAGAUUUGAACGAAAACUUGGCAGCAACUCAGGGCUUGGCACAGAUGAUUGCAGAGUGCAACAAAAUUUUCCAGAUCCCUCAGGAUGUGAUGACACAAUCACGGAACUCCUACAUUGAAGCUGAUGCACACCCUUUGACUCUGGAGGAACUGGGCAAGCACCUGGAAGAUGAAGGGGCAAACUACCAGACGUACCUGGAGAAUCUAAUACAGAACCUUCACAAAGAAGCCAGGGAGAAAUUUAAAGGCUGGAUUUCGUGUCCAUGCCUUGACAACAUUGAACUUGCUUAUAAGAAGGUUGGUGACGGUCACCCUCUCCGCCUGUGGAAGGUGUCGAUUGAGGUGGAGGCUCCCCCCUCGGUCGUGUUAAGCCGGGUGCUGAGAGAGCGGCACCUUUGGGACGAUGACCUCCUCCAGUGGAAGAUCAUCGAGAGCCUGGACAAGCAGACAGAAGUCUUCCAGUAUGUCCUGAACAGCAUGGCCCCUCAUCCCAGCAGAGACUUUGUCACUCUGAGAACGUGGCGGACGGAUUUACCGAAAGGAACCAGUGCCCUGGUAGCCAUCUCUAUAGAGCAUGACGAGGCACCCCUGGUGGGCGGAGUGCAGGCCAUGGUCAUGGACAGUCAGUGUCUGAUUGAGCCAUGUGGCUCUGGGAAAUCCAGAAUGACUCAAAUCAGCCGAGUUGAUCUGAGGGGUCGGACUCCAGAAUGGUACAACAAAGCCUUUGGAUAUCUCUGCGCCGCAGACGUUGCUCGAAUUAGGAACUCAUUUCAACCUAUCAAUGCCGAAGGGCCAGAAACCAAGAUCUGAAAAGGCGAAGACUCCGGGAGGAAAAUGGAUGUCAUUUGACAGGAUACGUACACACGGAAAUGGAGAAAGGGACCAUGAAGUGAUUCACACUAAUGGUGGAUCGUCUGGUGAAUAGAUUUGUAAAAUUAUCCCGUAUCAAGCGACUUGCCUGCUAGAAAUCUCGCAGUGCUAUACGGUUGCCAUGGUAUUCCUCGGGAUUAUUGACACAGUGGUGUUGAACUACAUUGUAUGUGGUGAACGUGCCAACAUCGCCUCUUUGUCUGUGAUUCAAGCUCUUAAAAUCCCUGAGCCCGUUGCUGAAUCAGUUUCUAAAAGAUCACGCCAACCAGAGCUGUUAGGAAAGCUAUUGUUUCAACAUUUCUUUUUCGUUUUUAAUUUAUCCAUGUGGGCACAGUGGGCUCUAGGUCGAGGACGUUGUAAUGGGGCUCCUGAAUAAUAAAAUCCACUAAACUACACACAAUUUUAAUCUGUGCCUUGCACAGCUUUGAGGAAUAAAUGCUUCUGAGAAGCAUUUUCAUUUAUAUAGAUAUAUGUGUAUAAUAAAAUAUAUAUAUAUAUAUAUAUAUGUAGAUAAUAAAGAUAUCUAUGAAGAAUAAGCAUAAAUAUAUAUAAAACUGUAUCCAGAUUUUAAGUCUUUAACAAUCAGCUGUUGUGCUGGCUAAUGAGCUGAUGUUCCUGUCAUUAUGAACCCAAUAUCUUGCCAUUGAAUUUGAUGCAGCUUUUUCUGUACAUGCCUGAUGUGAGGCCAAUUUGGUUGUGACCUUUAUCAAGGUCAGAUUUGCAUUUGAUACGUUGCCGUUGACUACCUGUCAUGAAAAUAGUCUGAAGAAGGGUCCUGACCCGAAAUGUCGCCUAUCCAGAUUCUCCAGAGAUGCUGCCUGACCCGCUGAGUUACUCCAGCACUUUUGUGUUCUUCAGAACCAUCAACAGACCUAGAAGUAAUGUGCAUGUACAAAUAGAGUAGACUGUUUCACUAAGUCCCUCCUUUCCAAUAUGCUGCACGGACGCAUGCACACACACACACACACACACACACACACACACACACACACACACACACACACCUAAAUGCACACACAUAUAAAUACACACAUAUAUAAAUACACACGUAUUUAUAUAUAUAUGCGUGCGCGCACAUUUUUAUAAGUAUGCACACACGCAUUUAUAUUGGAAGCUUGUUAAGAACAUUCCUGGGGAGGAUAUAGUAUUGAUUAUAUUCCAUAAUUUUACUGGGCAUGUUUUAAAAACACAUUAUAAUUUUCCUGAUAUUUUCCUACGCAAUAUUCAAGGUGCAGUUGCUCUUAAAUGAUUGUGAAGAAAUUUGUCAUGUACGUGUAUAAUCCGUCAUGAGUGUAGUCACUUUAUAUGCGCAUGUGUCAAGUAAAUAUACCUUCAUUUGUACAUGGCCAUAUUGUAAACAUAGUAUUAUAUCACUGAUUGGGAUUCAGAAUGACAAGGAAUUUUAUUUAAAGAUGUAACUAUUUAUACCUCAUUUUUACCUCAUUUGCUGGAAUUUUUUUGUUGACUGUAAAUAUGAUAUCUAAUAUUUGGAGUGAGAAAUUCUGAUACAGUUUAAAAAAAAGUGUGUGGUUAAUGUUUUCAUUGUUUCUUGUACAAAAUGUAUUUUUCUUUGUCAUAUUAUGAAAUGCACUAAUAAAGAUUACAUCAUAAGUAA